AUGGAGCCCUGGAGAGAUUGGUCAGGCCUUUUGCCAGAGCUGUUGGCAGAGAUAUCAAUGAGAAUACCAUCAAUAGAAGAAUUCAUGGCGUUCCGAGGGGUUUGUAGCCCCUGGCGGGCUGCUGCGAAUAAAGAUAAGUUCGUACAAUCCUGCCCCGCGAUACCGUUACUAAUGCUCCUGGGAAGAAGAUGUGGCCGAUUCGGGUGGUUGUUCACCCUUGACAACGAUUCAGAGGAGGCUAAUCUCUUGAACCCUUUUUCUCGUUCUUUAAGCCAUCUUUCCAACCUUACAAACUUCCCUGGUUAUGCAUAUUACAAAUUUCCAAACAUCAGAAAAGCGGUUCUGUCAGCUAAUCCAUCUCACACAUCUGAUUUCGUUGUUCUCAUGGUAAUUCACAGGGACUUGGUCUUUUGGAGGCCUAGCGAGUCGACUUGGACCGGUAUAGAAUGGCACAGUGGUGAUCAUGUUGGUGGUCAUGCAUUCGCGGAUGCUAAGUACUACAAUGAUAAGUUUUACGCUAUUGAUUUCGGAGUCCAAGUUUGGGUUUGGGAUUCCAGUCUAAAGGUUGCCCACCUUCUGUUCAGGGUUGAUCAUCCUCCACUGUCUCAUUUUCGAAAAACAUAUUUAGUGGAAUCAUCAAACGGGGAGUUAUUAGUUGUUUGGCCGGACGGUGUUCUUUACGACGAAGUCAUGAUUACUGAUGUUGAAGUUAUUCAAUUGGAUGUGGCACAAUACAAGUGGAAGAAGAUCACUAGUUUGGGAAAAGAUGCUAUUUUUUUGGUUGGGGGGAAUAGUGCUGCAAUCUGCAUCGCGGGUUCCACCUCCUUCCCGGAUUUGAUAAGUUCCAAUUGUAUCUAUUUUGCAAAUGAUUGCGGUAAAUAA